AUGAUCCAACCCAAUGGUGUAUUGAGACUCACCGAUCAAUCCUCAAACGUCCUUGGGACAGCGUUCUACAACAAACCGGUGAGAUUGCUUGACCAUAGCAAUCUCUCCACCAACGCCACAGUUCUUUCUUUUAGCACUUCAUUCGUCUUCGGCAUACUCUUUACCAGCUCCCGCAACGGAGGUUACGGUUUAACCUUCACACUAUCUCCCACACCAAACCGUCCAGGCGCCGAGUCAGGACGUUACUUAGGACUCGUCAACGAACAGAACAACGGGAACUCAUCGAACCACGUGUUCGCAGUUGAGUUCGACACAGUACAAGGAUCCAGGGACGACAACAGUAGUGGAAUAAGCAACCACAUCGGUCUAAACUUCAACGGUGUCACCUCCUUUGUGGAGGAACCGGUUCUGUAUGAAGACGGUGAUAACCGAAGAGAAGAAGUCCACAUCCGAGUCCGUUUGGAUUACGACGGACCCACCCAAACUCUGAAUAUGAUCGCAACUCCUUGGAGGUUUCAAAACGACCCAGGACAACCAACGAUCUCGCAACGCAUUCCUAAGCUGUCAGAGAUCGUGCAAGAAGAGAUGUACGUUGGAUUCACCGCGUCCACAGGGAGAGAUCAGUCGAGUGGCCACUAUAUUAUGGCUUGGAGUUUCACAACCGGUCGAGAGAAUUUAUCAGUCCCAUUUCGAGACAUUCCUCUUUUGGUGCUCACUAAAGGACACCUUCCUGAUGGUCGUAAGGUCGCGGUCAAGGUUUUGAAGGAAUCAACGAGCAAUGGCGAAGACUUCAUCAACGAAGUCGCAAGUAUGAGCCAAACAUCUCAUGUUAACAUUGUCUCUUUAGUUGGAUUCUGCUUUGAAGGAUCCAAAAGAGUGAUUGUUUAUGAGUUUCUAGAGAAUGGGUCUUUGGAUCAGUUUAUCUCAGCAAAUGCCUCGUCAAGUGCUGAGUGGAGAAUGAGGCUUUACGAGAUUGCGCUAGGAGUCGCUCGUGGUCUUGAAUACUUGCACUAUGGCUGCAAAACAAGGAUUGUGCAUUUCGACAUCAAACCUCAGAAUGUGUUGUUGGAUUGCAAUCUUUGCCCCAAAGUUUCGGACUUUGGCCUCGCUAAGCUCUGCAAGAAGAAAGAGAGCACCAUGUCGAUGUUGGACACAAGGGGAACAAUAGGGUACAUUGCACCGGAGAUGAUCUCUAGAGUUUAUGGUAGCGUGUCUCACAAGUCAGAUGUGUAUAGCUAUGGAAUGUUGGUUCUUGAGAUGAUCGGUGCAACAAACAAAGACAGAGUCGGAAACGUUGCUUCUAACACUAGCUCGGUUUAUUUCCCUGAUUGGAUCUGUAAAUGUAACGCCCCGCCGCCCUCCCAGUAA